AUGGGACGAGCAGAGAUCGAAAGCCCCGUACCAGUGAGAACGCCAGGUGAUGCUCAAAGAUGGAGCUCGAUGACAUUCGGCGGACCGGCAACGAGAAGAGAUACUGUUGCGCAGCUGCCAGUGACGCGCCAGCCUUCUCGAUCUACACUUCGCCAAAGCAGGCAGGACGGUCUGCCGACGUAUGAACAGUCAGUUCAAGCUGGCCCGAGCAGUAGCAGGGACGGGGAUGAGCAGGGCGGGUUGGCAAGAUUUGGCAGAUGGCGAGGGUGGGUCGAGAAGCGGGCAGUUGAACGGUACGAUGGGGUGGAUAGAGAUGAACGAAGAGCUGCCCGGCGAGCCGCCCGCGAAGAGAGUGCCCGGCAAGAAGCAGAAACCUCUGCCAGCCCCGUCCCACUUCCUCCCUCCUACGACGCCACCUUUCCCUAUCCCUCGCCUGUACAAUACCCUCCAGCCUCCAAUUCAUCCCCCAUCGAAAACACCCCCUUCACCUCUGUCUCUUUCGGCUCUCCAUUCAUUCGGCAUUCUGCAGCUUCCAUCACUUGCUCCCUGCCUGUCUUGGGUGGGAGGCUGCUGUUGUAUGGCACGGCCGAGGGACUCAUGGUGCUCGAUUCGGACGAGGAAGAGGCGCCUGCAAAGAUGAUCUGGUCUGGUCUGCCAGUGUGGCAAAUUGAAAUCAUCUCUUCGCGCCAGUCCCCCAGCCCCAGUACGCCCAAAGGCUCCAUCCUGCUCUUCUGCGGCGGGAACGAAGACUCGGCCAAGCUGGGUCAUCCCAAAAAGGGCUCCGGCACUGAAAUUCGGGUAUACUCUUUGGCCAGCUUGAUUUCCCUCGCUCAAUGGUCUGCUCUACAACAACCAGGGUAUCAAGGGCGCGAUAUGGCCCAAAAGGGAUCGCGAGCAAAGGAGUGGACCAUGGUGGACCAGGUUUCCAUCCAUCCUCUGACCGAUAGACAAGCUCCGAGCGCUUCAGCUGGUGGGCAGACAGACUUGCCAAAGGCCUGGUCAGGCGAUUAUACGGUUCUUCAGCGGAGCACUGCCUCUGAAAAGAUCGGCAAUAGGCGUCGUUCGGGCUCUUUCGGGAACGUAGCAGUCAGGUCCCAAGACAUUCUCUGCACCGUCGUGUGGCGAGACGAAGGUCGGGUCUAUGUCGCAUCCGGCAUGGCAUCCCAAGCCGUCGUCCACGAGGGUACAGUCGACCAAGAUGGUAUGACGAUGUUUAUUCGCAAGAAAAGCCUUGCGCUUCCCGCAGCGCCAGUCUGGAUGGGGUUCAUGAAGCUGCCGGAAAAUGGGUCCAUGCCGAGCAGGGCAGAGAGUAUAGAUCUGGCAGAUGAUGCCAGCUAUGUUUUUGAGUACGACCGGCCACCUUCCUCACUGUCGAGAACAUCAUGGUCAUACGCUUCUAUGCGCUCGCGUCAAUCGCUUUCCCGCUCGGGCUCUCGUGCCCCGUCGGUGAAGGACAACCUCAACCUCGGGCUAUACGUGUCCUUUGGGCAGAAGGCGUGCCUGAUUGGCGUCAGCGAUGCAGUCGUCCUGGGGAUCAAGUCGAGAGGGCACGAUGGUGACGGGAUGGGCGAGUGGGGCCCGUUGAAGAGGCUGGUGCUGCCCGAUGGGGGUUUGAGGGGAGAGGCUGGCGAGGUCUAUGCAAUCACAAGAGGCAGGGAGACUUUCUCCUUUUGA